UACAAUAUUUGCUGUCGAGGUUCAUCGGAAGGUCUUUAAGACGCGCUUAAUCAUCGAAGUGUUAUAAAUUCUCGAUUAAGAGAGCCAGGUGAUAUCAGCCAUGCCUUCAUAUCGUCGCCAUGGUUAACCUAACUAUCAGUUUACCCUCAGAAGUCCCGUAUAUAACAGAGGAAAAGGGUUUAUCUGCAAGCUAACCUGAGAACGCGUAAUAGACCAAGAAUGGCGGUUGGCUCAACAAAGGUGGUGCAAGUAACCAACAUCGCUCCACAGGCGACCAAAGACCAAAUGCAAACGCUCUUUGGUUAUCUAGGGAAAAUAGAGGACAUUAGAUUGUAUCCUACUAUCAGGGACGUCGCAGUGCCCGUACAGUCUCGCAUAUGCUACAUUAAGUUCCACGAUCAGGGCUGCGUUGCGGUGGCCCAGCAUAUGACCAACACCGUCUUCAUCGAUCGUGCUCUCAUCGUUAUCCCGUACCAGAACGGAGACAUUCCCGAUGAGCAGCGCGCUCUCGAACUCACCAACAACGGCACCGUUGUUCUAGGUAGUCUCUAUCCAUCGGAGCCAAAGCUCCCACCGAACGUGGUUAAUGCAAUCGAAGGAAUCCCUCCGAAUCAUGUCAUCGCUACGGUAGAUCCAAAGCUGGAUGCGAAUGGUUUGCCACAGUAUCCUCACUUGCCAGGCCACCUGGACAGCAGGAGGAUCGAAGAGAUCAGGAGAACUUUGGUCGUUGCAAAUCUGGAGACCUCAGUUUCCGCAGAGCAGCUGCUGGACUUCUUCGGCAACAACAAUAUCGAGAUCAAAUACCUAAGGCUCUGUACAAGGGAUUCGGAUACAGAUCAUUACGCUCUGGUGGAACUCUCAGAACAACCAUCGGUUGUUCCUGCUUUGCAGUUAAAUGGCAAAACACUUGCCGACAAGCCAAUCAAGAUAUAUCAUUCGACGCAGGCAAUUGCAAAGCCCGAAGCGAAGAGCAAUGAAGCUGCGCAGAAGGAAAUCGAAGAGGCCAUGUCCAGAGUGAAGGAAGCUCAUAAUUUAAUAUCCGCUGCCAUCGAUCCAAUGAUUGGAAUGUUGUCCAAGGAUAAAAGGAGCCGCAGUGGAUCUAGAGGAAGAAGAUCUAGGUCUCGGUCCAGAGGUCGUAGACGAUCCAGGUCUCGCAAAAGGUCUCGGUCCCGCCACAGAAGGUCCCGUUCUCGGCACCGGCGCAGGUCCAGGUCUCGGUCGAAGAGGUCCCGGUCGAAGGACCGCCGAAGAAAGUCUCCCUCGAGAAGGCGAAGCAGCUCCAGAGGUCGCCACCGAUCCCGGUCCAGGUCCCGAAGGUCCAGGUCUAGGAGGUCCAGGUCGAAGUCGAAGGACCGGAAGAAGAAGUCCUCCCCGAAGCGGAAGAGCCGCUCCAGGUCCCGCAGCAAACGGUCCAAGUCGAAGUCCAGGAGGUCCAGGUCGAAGUCCAAGACGAGGUCCUCCAAGGCGAAGUACGAGAAGUCCAAGGACAAGGACAAGGAGAAGGAGAAGGACAGGCGCAGCAAGGACAAGGCGGACAGCAACGGGAAGAAGGGCGAGUCCGAGAAGGAGAAGGACAAGGAGAAGAGCGAGAAGAAGUCCACCAAGGAGAAGAGGGAGAAGGAAGCCAAGGCAGAUGAUAAGAGCAGGGGUGGCUCUGAUUACAGCGAGUCCAGCAAGGAGAAAACAGAGUCCGAGAGCUAGAUCUCUGAUGACGUCACUUUCUUCCUCACGGGCUAUUGCGUAUUCAUUAUGUAUCGGUGUAACUAAACGCACGUGAUUAAGUUUAUGCUGUUUCGGGUGUGGAACUAGGAGGCAAGCCUGAAUACAUUUCAGUUUAUACCUGAACGAGUGUUGAGUUCAUUAUUUUACGGCUGAUGAUAGAUUGUCACUCAUUUAGAUCUUCAGGCAGAUAUAAAAUGAUGUAACGAGUGUUGUUUAGUUCGUUGUUUUACCGCAGAUGAUAGUCACUCAUUUAGAUCUUCAGGCAGAUAUAAAAUGAUGUAACGAGUGUUGUUUAGUUCGUUGUUUUACCGCUGAUGAUAGAUAGUCACUCAUUUAGAUCUUCAGGCAGAUAUAAAAUGAUGUAACGAGUGUUGUUUGUCCAUUCUUUUACGGCUGAUAAUACACAAAUUAUUCAUUUAAACUUUUAGGAUGAUAAACAGUGAUGUAACGAG